AUGGUGCAGGUGUCAUGGAUACGUCACCGAGACUUACACGUCCUCACUGUAGGGUCCUUCACCUUCACCAAUGACGAAAGGUUCUCAGCUCACCGUGAUCCUACUACAGGAGACUGGAUCCUAGUGCUCCGUCGGCCUUCCUCAGAUUCGGGUUCCUACGAGUGCUCCAUCUCCACCAAACCCGUCAUGUCUAUCACCGUCAAGCUCAAAGUUGUGGUACCGUCGGUGGAGCUGGUGGGGGGCGGGGAGGUGUACUUAGACCGUGGGAGUACCCUUAACCUCACCUGUAUGGUACACUUCAGUCCUACCCCACCUGAGUUCAUCCUCUGGUACCACCGAGAUAAGCUGGUGAACUACGGACAGCCGAGCCGGGCCAUUACUGUAGAGACGGAACACGCAGGAGACACAACAAGGUCCUCCCUCUUGGUCAAAAAUGCCAGCAGGUGGGACAGUGGACCUUAUGCCUGCAAGCCCUCCAAUGCUCAGCGGGUGUCCAUCAAAGUUCACGUGCUGAGGAGUGAGACGCCGGCAGCGAUGCAGACGACAACUAGCGGGGCUACCUCCACCACUACCACCACCACCACCACCUACAACUACUACCACCACUACUACCACUCUCACAGUCUUUUCUGUUUCUUCUCUUCCUUCCUUCUCCUCCUUCUCACUUCUUCCUCUUCCUUCCGUUGCCAGAGAUAAGGCCGUAGUAUAUUCUGUGCAGCAAGGAAGGAGAGAGAGAAUGAAAUAUAGAUUGAAAGAGAGAGAGAGUGUGACCUGUAUAUUGUAGAUUAGACAUGAGAAAAAAUAGAGAGAAAAAUUCUCCUCUCUCUCUCUCUCUCUCUACAGAUGGUCCUUGACAUCCUCAAACCACAGUAGCCCUAAGUGUAAACAAAUCAUGACCUCUGAGCUUAUAUAAAUAUUAUCCCUAUUUCAUAAUUAUAUUGUUAGGAGUUCGUAGCCCUCUCCUCUCAGUGC